UGUAUUACCCACACAAGGUCAUACGCACGUGUGUCCGCUGUCAUUCACUAGGUUGUUCGUAGACGAACAGGAUUUACUCUCUUAUUGAUCUGAGACGUUAAUAAUCACAGUUGUUUACUGAUAAAGGUUAAGAUCUACUUUUAAGAUGGCAAGAGGAAGCCGCAGUCGUCCUUCACCGGCAGCGAGUGCUCCUGCCCCGUCCUAUGCUCCAGCCCAUGCACCACCUCCUCCUUCAGUGGCAAUGGCCCCAGCGGCCGUCCAGCCCAAACAGCCAGGCCUCAUGGCUCAGAUGGCCACCACUGCCGCUGGAGUGGCAGUAGGCUCAGCCGUAGGUCAUGUGGUUGGCGGUGCCCUGACAGGUGCAUUUAGUGGGGGCAGCAGCAGCUCAGAGGCACCCAAACCAGCACCCACAUAUCAGGAGCCCUCAAGACUUCCGUCCUCUCAAUCUGGUCCAUGUCUUUUUGAGGUGCGGCAGUUUCUGGACUGUGCCACGACUCAGGCAGAUCUGACUUUGUGUGAAGGCUUCAAUGAAGCACUAAAGCAGUGCAAACUCUCACAUGGUGUGUCAUCUCUGGUGUAACCUGGAAGAUAAUCAUACAUCAUGGAACAAAGACUCUAAAUGUAGACAAACUACUUUCAAAAUCUCCAGCAGUUACUGUGUAUAAUGUGUUCAUAGUUGUGUCAUAUGCCCCUUUAAAUCUGUGAUUAUGUAAAUGAGGCUGUAAAAUAAAAGGUUGCUAUUUA